ACAGUGUAUGAAUAAAUAUGAGGAGAACAGCACAAGGAGUUGUAGUUCUUAGGCUUCAUUCUCAGACUAUCCCUGUAUUGUCACUGUGCUUGUGUCUCGCAGGUCUUGCUCUCAUGUGUAUAAGCUGCACCAGUACAACUCGAACUCCAUGCACUGGAUCUGCGGUCACGUGUGCCUCCACUGAAGACGUCUGCACCUACAUCUUCACCGAAACCAAAAUCAGAGCGCACAGACUAACGACUUACACCGUUGUGCGAGGAUGUGGACAGUCGUCUGAAUGCAAUCGGAAGAGUCUCAGCAAUCAGAUCAUGACGGUAGAAAUAAACACCGCCUGCUGCAAGGCUGAUAAAUGCACUCCAGUAGCACCAAUAGUAUCAUCUGGAAAUGCAAGUAAAAAUGGUCUGAUCUGCCCUUCUUGUUUCUCGGUAACAUCUUCCACAUGUGUGCCGGAUACCAAAAUUCAGUGCACGGGAAAUGAAACCCGAUGUUCUACAUACUCAAUAAGUACUACCACAAAGCCCCCAAAACCAGUGCUGUCCAUGGCAGGAUGUGCCACUGAGAACAUGUGCUCCAACUAUACGGGCACUGCCACCUCCAGCGUCACCGGGAAAAUGAAUAUAAGUAUCGGAUGCAGCAAUGCCACAGUCAACCCUAGUACUGGCAGUCCUUCUAGUACACCGGCAUCAGUCAGCACCAGUCGUCCAGCACCCAUUACUACUGGCACCAGAACCACAAUCCAUGCCCUGACCCACACCGAUAUCGCCAAUUCCUACCGGCACCCCAACAGCUCAGCUGUGUAUUACACGACCCGCGUUACCUUUAUGCCCACCAGCACCACACGUAAAAAAAGUGUCACUAGCACCAGCAAUGGGGCUGCAAAACCUCGCUUUGGCCCCGCUCUUAUUAUGGCUGUAACAUUCUUGGUGGUUAAGAAUUUUCUUUAA